AUUAAACGAAAAUAAAAUAAAAUUAUCGCGACGAGAACGGAAACCGCAAAAAGCUGAGAGUGCUGAUAAGGUUUUCCAUCACUCUUGUAAUAUUAUUCUCUCAGCAAGGAAAGAAUCGUGUGUCCGAGUAUUUUCUAGUUUGGAUGGAUACGCGGAUCGCCUUUUUGGCCCUCCUCUUCGCCGCCGUCCACGGCGACGAGUGGUUGACGCUCGUCCGGGACUCGUCUUGCGCCUCCUCAGCAUUGAACGUUUCGGUCGAGUGGAGGAGCGAGCGGCUGGAGGUCACGUGGCCACCGCUGCCCUGCGACGCGCAACUCGACCUUGACCUAAGACGCCCAGAUCAAGACCUAAGGUCAAGGUGCGCAUGCGAGACGGAGUCCUCGACCGUCACCUACAGCCGCCGCAGGUACCUCUUCAGGUCGCACCCUGAGCGGCACGCGGAGGGCAGGGCGACCUUCUCCCAGGUGGCGAACGGCUGUUACCUGAUGCUAGCCACCCUGACCAAAGGUCAAACUGAGCUCGGCCACGUUUGCCGCGAGGUUUCGGUGUCCAACCAGGUCACCGAACACCACAACGCGAAGGUCACCGACCUGAGCAUCCGAAAUGAUUCCCUAAGGGCUGAAGUUGAGGUCAGAGGGCAAAUCUUGCCUCAACCGCAACCGCCGUUCAAACUUGAGUUGACUUUGAUUUGCCAAAAUUGCACCGCGGAAGUAAAACAUCCAACCUGCACAGUCCUAUUUGACGAACAUGAAACCGAAGUUCCCAAAACGAACAGCUGUUCCUGCUUUUUCCAUGGCCCGAAAUUCAACUGCAGCGUCCAGACGGACACCAAAGGACCGUUUCGGGCCAAGGUGAAAAUCGACGACGGGCGGUGCGGAACGCAAUUCGAACCAAUGCAGUGCUCCUUCGAGUCUCCUUCUCCCGAGCAAAAGGGGGUUGCAAAAAGUAUGCCCGAAGAGAAGUCGGGGGCACCUGAAAUCGUGGUCAUGAUCGUCGUCGUCACCGCCGCGGUUGUGUUUUUCGCCUACAAAGUCAUCUGCCGCAUUCUGGCCAAAAAGGACGACGACGAUGACGACAUUGAGGAAAAGAGUUUUACGCCGAUGGGGAGAAAAGCGAGCAAGCGUCGAUCCGAGCGGAAGGAGCUGAAGGUGCUGCUGCUGUACGCGCGGGAGGAGGCGGAGGAGUUUGCGUUGGCGGUGCGGGGGCUGCGUUCGGCGCUGGAGGGGCGGCUGGGGUGCGAGGUGGUCGACCUGCACCACCGCGACUGCGCGCCGCGGCUGCACGCGGACGGCUUCGGCUUCGUCGAGGAUUUUUUGCGGCGCGACUCGUGCUUCAACGCGCACCACGACGUGCGCGUCCUGCUGCUGCACACCGACUGGAGCGUCAGGGUGGCCCGCGACCCUGGCGCCGCCCGCCCCAAGAACCCAAACUACUUCGACACGUACUACGCCGAAGCCCUCAGGGUGCUGACGCGCGACCCUGACAAGGUGGUCGCCGACCAGAUCUUCCACCUCCGACACGCGGACCUCCCCCUGACGCAACCCCCUGACCUCCUCAGGUUCAACGCCACCGAUAACACGCUCUAUCGCUACCCUGACGAGUUUGACCCGCUUUGCUGGGCCUUGAAGGGCAGGGUUGCCGGAAAUGAAGAGGACCUGAUUGCAGACACGCCCGUUUGAAUUUCCUUUUCAAAAAAAAAAUGAAAAAGAAACUUUAACCAUUAAAUUACAAUUACCCAAUUAAUUAUUAUAAUUUAUUUGUAUGAUUUGAAGAUAACUGAUCUAAAUUUUUGCAAUAUUUGCAACUCCUAUUUUCACUUGCAUUUAAGAAACUGCAAGAAAUUUUUUUUAAUUUUCAAGUUUCAAUGAAUUUGAUCUGAACUGAUAUGUGUGAGAAUUUAACAAGACUUAAUAAACUAAUUGCAUUUUUUUUUUAUUUUAACAAAUUUUUGACUUUAAUUUAGUCUUUUCCACUUUUGCCGGCGCUUCUCUUCCUCUUCUUUUUCGCAACCGCAUUUUUGUUCCUACCUUUGAUGUCCUUUUUCUUCUUCUUUUUUUCCUCGUCACUGUCCUCAAGCUCGACAGUGACCACGCCCCUCUUUGGAAUGGUGGGUCUGACCUCUGGCAGCAAGAUUUUCUCCUCCAACUGCUCACCCUUGACCUUGGGUUCGACCGCACCCUGAGGCGACACCACCAGGGCCAGGCAGGUUGGUCUGCAACCGGUGCUGACGGACCCAAUCAGCUUCGGGACACUCAACUCCCCAUUCUCCUCACUCAGUCUCUUCUGUAAAUUG